AUGGCAGAUAGCACAAGUCAUGAUGAGCUCAUUCAAGAGUUCUGCGAAUUGACAGGAGCUUCGCCAUCAGAGGCACAGCAAUAUCUCCAGGCCAAUCGAUUCGACCUAUCCGGUGCAGCAGCGGAAUAUUUCACGGCGCAGGAAGAAGGUGUACAAGCAGCACAAGAAGGUACAAAUGACCCCCAGGAACCCGAAGCAUACACCGGUCCACGUACGCUCGAUGGUCGACCGGCUCCUGCAGCUAUUCCUGCGGCCCCGUCGAGCUCUAGAUCUGCUCCACCACCAAAGCGAGGGGGCAUAGCAACUUUAGGGUCUUUGAACAGCUCCAGUGGUCAUGGUCAUGGCCAUGCCCAUGAUGAUGAUGACGAUUCGGACGACAAUGACUUCGAACCGGAUGAGCAGCCCAGGGAUCUUUUCGCCGGGGGAGAGAAAUCAGGAUUGGCUGUCCAAGAUCCAGGAGCAAAUCGCAACGAUCCGCGGAAGGUUGUAAAUGAUAUCCUUAAGAAAGCUAGAGCUAACGCCGCAAGACCUGGAGCUGAACCAUCAUCCUCUACUCCAUCAUCUUCACGAUUUCGCGGAUCGGGGAUGACGCUAGGCGGCGACGAUGCUCCAUCCCAAUUCGUUCCUGAUCCACAACCACGAUCUGCUGAACCCGGUCCAAGUGAGACAAGAGUUCUUCAUAUAUGGGCUGAUGGUUUUAGUAUUGAGGAUGGACCUUUACGCCGUUAUGACGACCCUCAAAACGCAGCUGAUCUGGAAAUGAUCCGCUCUGGCCGAGCGCCUAUCCAUCUGAUGGGUGUUCGAAACGACCAGCCAGUUGAUGUUCAACUCAUGAAGCACAGUGAAAAUUACAAAGCGCCCCCUAAAGUCUAUAAACCAUUCUCUGGGGGCGGCCAACGCUUAGGUAGUCCUACUCCCGGGCCUUCUGGCGUAUCUUCCACACCUGCUGCUCCUCCCGCUGCACCAGCUGCAUCCAGUAGUACGACUGUUACAGAACCUUCAGUUGAUGACUCUCAGCCUGUUAUCAGACUUCAGAUUCGACUGGCCAACGGCACGCCAUUACGCACACGAUUCAAUACCACUCACACUAUCGGUGAUGUGUAUGAUUUUGUUACUCGGGCUUCAACCGACACUAGUCAAAGACCUUGGGUCCUUGCUACAGCUAUGCCAAGCAAGGACCACACUGACAAGUCUUUGGCUCUUGGUGAUGUUCCGGAGCUGAAGAGAGGUGGUAACGUGGUUCAGAAGUGGCUUUGA